GCAGUGUCGGUUGGCGGAUGAACAUGCCAGGCUUUGACAUGCACCUUCCUGCUCUGUUACUCCCGCGGCCGUCUAUUUCGUGUGAGACAGAGGGGUUGGAGAAAGAAAUGGAUGCUGAAGCAAACGACGACUCCGUCUGAGGAAGAAGAAACUGCAGAGCGGAGGGAGUGCGUCAGAGUCUCUUACAGCUUUGCAUGGGAUUACGUGAAGAAGGAAACCCGAUGGAUGGGUGCUCCGAGAUUCGGAAACUGGCGGAAGAUAGAUCCCGGUGGCGACGGCCGACAGUUGUGGUUGUGGCGCCACCGAGGAGGACCCCACCUGUUCCCCCCUCGGACUCCCCAUCAUGUCGACUUCGCACUCAAGGCAGCAUGGAGAGCGGUGGCCUGCGGGCGGCUGGUAACCGUCCCCUCCCUCUCUCUCAUCUAAAUGCUCGCUCCUCCAUCGGCUCCCCGUUCCAUCCCGGCUCUCCUUCGUGAUGAUGCGAGCCCUUUGAUUCUUCCCUCGGAACAGUGCAGAGGAGACAGAUGGUCGGCAUCUUCGCUCUGUUCUCCGCCGGGAGGAUCAGCCACCGCCGGACGAAGAGCGCGGCUGACGUGAGGCAAGUAUUUUUGGCUCCAAACAUGGAGGUCGGAGGUUCCUCUACCGGCACUGACCAUGAAGCUGAUGUAAACGACGAGUUCAAACCGAUCGAGCACCCGACGGAGCCGCUCGACCACGAUCAACCCGUGAGAUGCCCGCUGCCCGAUCCUUCGAUACUUGAUGAUGGUGGAACGUGGAAGGGAAGGAUAUCUUCUGCAAGUGCCGGCACAGCUGGCUUGCCCAUGGUGAAGCAAGACACGGAUGUGAAACCUCAAGCUGGUGAAACCACGGCGCAUUCCAUCUCACCUGGACGCGUCUCGUCGGCAUCCAUCGGCGUUCCUGAGCAUCGUUUCGUGACCGUGCAUGAAGAAGACUGCAACACGGAUGAAACCCAGAUUGCGGAUGGCUGAUAACUUGUGCUUCCUUGCUUCAUGUGUUCUUCCUCCCCGACUGCUGCUGCUGUUGAAUCUUACCACAUUCAAUUGUUGAUAGACCAAAUCUAUCUUCAUUGCCGAGUGCUUGUUCAUGCAGAAGCUAAAUAUGUCUCAAAAUUGAUUA